CAUCCCCUCAUCCCCAACACCACGAAUCGGGCACCUAGCUACCCAGAACUCUCCCUCGUCAAGCCAGUUUCCACCACAACAGGCGGUCUCGACAAUCGAAUCAACCUCCCCAGACCUCACAGCUCCAGCGUCAUCCACCUACAAACGUCAUAAUGUCCGUCGAAGCUGCCACCGCCCAAAUGGCAAACACUACCAUCAACGAGCCCACCUCCACCGCUGAGGGUGCUUCAGUCGGAGCCGGCGGCGACAAGCCCAUCAACGCCUCUCAGAACGAGGCCGUCAUCGCCAGCGCCGCCGAGGGUAGAAGACUCUACAUUGGAAACCUCGCCUAUGCGACCACUGAGGGAGAGUUGAAGGACUUCUUCAAGGACUACCUUGUCGAGACCACUUCCAUCCCCACCAACCCUCGCACCACCCGUCCUGUCGGCUACGCCUUCGUUGAUGUCUCGACCCCUACCGAGGCUGAGCGUGCCAUCAGUGAACUGAACGGCAAGACUAUCCUCGACCGCAAGGUUUCCGUUCAGCUUGCCCGCAAGCCCGAACCUGCCCAAGAGGGCAACGAGACUGCCGAGCCCGCUCGCCGCCGCAGCUCCACCCGCGGUCGUGGCCGUGGUCGUGGCCGUGGUGGCCGCUCUGGUCGUGGUCGCGGUCGCAACGCCGAGGGCCAGACUACUGACGCUCCCGCUGACUCUACCGAUGGACCUACCAACGUCCCCGGCCAGGUCCUUCCUCUGACCGAGACCACCAACGAGGCUCUCACUGCUGCUCCUGGUGACAAGGACGCCUUGACCGUCAACCCCAACAAGACUGGCAAGACCGAUGCUCUUCGCCCCCGCAAGCAGCGUGGUCCUCCCGAGGACGGCGUUCCCUCCAAGACCAAGGUCAUGGUCGCUAACCUCCCAUACGACCUCCGUGAGGAGAAGCUUCUCGAAAUCUUCGCCGAGUACAAGCCCACCUCGGCCAAGAUUGCUCUCCGUCCCAUUCCCCGCUUCAUGGUUCGCAAGCUCCAAGCUCGCAACGAGCCCCGCAAGGGUCGUGGCUUCGGCUUCGUCACUCUGGAAUCCGAGGAGCUCCAGCAGAAGGCUUGCUCUGACAUGAACGGCAAGGAGAUUGAAGGUCGUGAGAUCGCAGUCAAGGUUGCCAUUGACAGCCCCGGAAAGGAGGACGAGGACCCCAACGCCCCCAUCGAGGGAGAGGCCGAGACUGACGGCAACCCCUCAACUGCCGAAGGCUCUGCCAACACCUCGGCCGCCGUCGCCCAGUAAACGACUUUACCGAGCAUGACGGGGUGAGUGUGCCUGGAAGCGGACACAGUUCGAAGCACCACAAGAUCCAUCAAGCAUUCGGCGGCCGUACAAAUCGCAGCGUGGCCUGGGUGUGCUGCCAAGUUAACUGCGAGCAUUUGUUGAAGCUGGUUGCGCAAAAGAUAUGAUUUUCUACAUGACAUUUAUAUGC